AUGAGCCGCUUUACUGAAGAACUCGAGUUCAUUCAAUGUCUUUGCAAUCCCCAAUAUCUGCAACAUCUUUACCAAAAGGGAUACUUUGACAACCCAAAUUUCAUUGACUUCCUCAAGUAUCUCCAGUACUGGAAGACCCCUGAAUACGCCAAAUUCCUUCUCUUCCCCCAAGCUCUCAAUAUUCUCGAUCUCCUACUUAACUCAAAGACUUUCCUUGAGUCUCUCAAAUACAACCAAGUCGUUGAGCAUCUCUGUGCCCAGCAAUACCUUCUCUGGAAACUCCGCCGCUAA